CCCAGCACACAAUCGAUAACGAGCCGUUACCCGGAUAAGCGCCUCGCAAACAAGGAUGAUCCUCGUAUGAGAAACUGUGUAAUUUUUUCCGAACACUCGAGAGAACAAACGCGCGGGAAGAUAAUACUCGCUUCGCGCGCACACCUAUGACCGCCUUAAUGAACAACAUAGAUCCAAAUACAAUUAUAAUUGAAUCUCAGGCUCAAGUUCAUCCGGAUAAGGCCGCUAAUUACAAGCGCGAACUUGUUAACGAGCUUCUUAUUUUUUUUUUUUACGAGUAUAUAGAGUAGAGAAAGUGCAUCAUUAUUAUGUGUGUGUGCGUGUGUGUGUGUGUGUAAAAACGUUUCAGUUUUCCGGAGGAUGACGACAGACGACUGAUCGCCGCUGUGAUAACUAAGGAUUAUGGAGGGACAACGACGUGGUCACCCGCAGCAGGUGAUGUCAUUUAUCGCCGAGUCUACCGGGGGUGUCUCCUCCGAUACGGAUCAUCACUACAGCGGCAGUCCGCUCAGUUUGAGCGUUUCCAUACCCGAGCCCGGACACGAGAUUCUCAAGCCGAAACCUCGAAGAGAAGAAGCUAUAUCGGCAUGUCCGGGUGAAAUGACGUGCACCGCCGGGGCCAUCAGCGAGUGUGGCUGCAUCAUAUGUCUGGAGCUGAGCAACGACAAUUCGGAUGAACGAGAGGAUCUGGAAGUGCCAGCGAUGAGGACCGGCGAAUCGAGCAAUUUCAUCCUGCGCCGAGCUUUGCCUCUGGUCGUUAGGGAGCCCACGAAGGAGUGGCAGGAAGAAGCGGCCUCGGACCCCGAGCCCGAGCCGACUCCCCCGCAGCAGCAGCAGCAGCAGCAGCAGCAGCACAAGACGGUUAUCUAUUUCGGCGACAGCGCGGAACGAUCGCGGGAGAACAAUAACAGCAGUGGCAAGGAGAACAAAGACUUUUGGAAGGACGAGCCGGAUUUCGUGCUGAGCCUCAGCCCCGGCCCGGAAGACGCGCUGAGGAUCGAGCAGCAGGAUGAGGAGGAGAGUUGCUUCAAACCGGACUGGAGCUUUGUGCAGCAGUGGAGACUUAGGGGGCCGGCGCAUGGAUCGAGCAGCACGAGGGAGCUGUACGCCGGCUACGGUAAGAUGGUAGCGGAGCGGGACACGGACAGCCUGGCGCCGACCCCGACGCCGCAUCACUCGCACCAGCAGCAGCAGCAGCAGCAGCAGCAGCAGCUCUGCGAAUUGCGAGCUCGCCGAGCCGAGAGCUCGUCGGACGAGAACAGGUCGUCGGGCCACGCGAGCAUGUCCAGCAGCGGCUCGCCGGCGCGACGUCACCAGCAACUCGGCUGCAGGGAGCUGAGGAGCUCGGGCAGCGGUUUGGAGGACAUCAAGCUGGCGAUUCAGCAGCUGACGAUGCGCUCGCAGACCUCGAGCUCGACCUACUCGUCUCUGUCGGGAAUGUCCUCGGUCGCGGGUGGACGCAGCAGGGCUGCCCUGCAGAGGCACUCGAGCCUCGAGACGGUGAACACCAACGCGAGCUGCAGUGCCGCGGACGAGUUCGUCUGGCUGGACUCGCAGAGCAGGCUGGUCGAGCUGCAACAGCCGCCCUGGUCGCAGCAGGACGUGCUACGCUGUCUGCAGCAGGGCAGGGCGAGAGAGCACCUGGCCAGGCUGCACAUGGAGACGCUGCCGAGGUUGUCGUAUCUGCUGCAGAGAGCCCUGGUGAGGCUAGCCCGCGAGUGCCAGAGACUGAGUCGGCCGCUGGGCCUGUGCAGCAAGCACGAAGUCUGCAGCGCUUUCAGGAUUCUUCUGUGCCCUGCCUUGGCGGACUCGUGCAUCAAAGCCUGUCUGAGAGCCGCGGCUAUUUACGCGGUGAGCCUGAGACAGCCCGGUGAACAGCUGCGUCAGAGCAAGGCCGAGAGAGCUGGACUGCAGAUGCCCGUCGGCAGGUUUCUCAGCUGGAUGAGCGCCGAGGUCAGGCUGGGUCGAAUGGUACACGAGUACGCGGCGGUCUACCUCGCGGCCGGAGUGGAGAAUCUUCUGGAGGAGAUGGUGCUGCAGUGUCUGCAGACCUGCGCCGACGCUGGGGGACAGCUCACCGCGAGCUUGCUCGAGCACGCGAUCGCCAAUAGCCCGGAUCUCUGGGGUCUGCUUCAGCCGUACGCUCACCUCAACGCCGGUCGACUUGCCUCAGGUGCCCUGGCGAUGCCUCGUUGGCCAAGUGCCAGUUCGCUCGGCAGCUCGUCCACCUCUUCCCAGUCGCAUCCUAGUAGUCUCGAGCCGUCGCUUCUGACGACCUGCGUUGGGUCCCUGCAGGAGCUCCAGGAUCUCGUUGCCAAGCUAUCCCGUUCGGCUCGUUGUCCUUUGCCACUGACGAGCAAGGCCCUCCAUGUCUUGUUUUACUACAUGCGUUGCUCUCAGUUGGAACACGCCGAGCGCGCUUCCGGGAUCCAGGAGCUGGCAUACGAACGCGCCUACGUCGUCCUGCCACCGCUGGUCGAGUGGCUGCGCGUCGCGGGUGCCCACGCCGAGCAUCGCCACGCCCAGUGCAUCGAUCACGACGACAUCGGUCAAGCGGCGAGGUUACUCUUGCCUGGCGUCGAUUGUCCAGUUAGGCCGAUCUCAUUCGAGCAAGUUACUCCGUUCGCCAGUUCAAAGAAAAUCGAUGACAAGGAAUACGUUCGUCGUUUCAGUAUGGAAAUGGCUUUCAAAUUGUUGACCAGCGGUCGACCUGAAUUAAUAUCUCAAGCACUCGGACUCUUGCCAGCCACGAAAAUCAAUACCAUCAACGAUAACGGCUUGACCGCUCUCAUGUUGGCCUGCAUCAACGGAGAUGAAAGCGCGGUUAUCGCUCUCGUCGAUGCCGGUGCCGAUCUAAACGUAGAAACCCCGGCUCCUAGUUAUGGUCAGUCUUCUGCGACGACGGGGAACACGGCGAUGGCUACUCCUUCGAGGCAUGUCACUUGUCAAUCGCCAUCAGCAUUAACUCCGAAUAAGAAUAUGAACUUGAACGCUUCGUCGAGCUCGUUGAGCAUCAGUUCGAAUCAGAAUAACAAUUACCAUACUCAAACUAGUCCACCUAUGGGAUUCUACGCGGAGACUCAGCAUUGGACAGCGUUGACUUACACGGCACUGCUUGGCCAUUGCACUAUUGCCAGGAUAUUACUGGAGCGCGGUGCCGCUGUCGAGGGCGGCGCCAAGCAUAGCGAAGACGACAAGCCCACGAUAACUCCUUUGCAAGCGGCAACCGCUUCUGGAAACACGGAAAUGGUUGCGCUGCUCUUGGCUCACGGAGCUCAGCCUUUUCUCUCGACUCUGAUCAAAGACACUUUUUCUUACUCCGGCUCUGCGCAACGUGGAUGCUACAGCGCAAUUUCCGUGGCAACAGCUCACGGGCAGAGAAACGUUCUACAUCAGUUAUUGUCCCAUCCUCUCAAUUUCUCGGCAAGACGAGGGGAGAAGGAAGUACUUUCGCUUGAGGAGAUACUUGCUGAAGGAAAUGCUGGCACAGUUCCGCAGCAUGCGGUCGACAGUCGAGCGAAUCAAAGGGACGGAAAUGAAUCAGUUUUCAGCAAAGUUCAAAUGAAAGCACUUCAAGAGGCAAUGUAUCACAGUGCCGAAAGCAAUCAUCUAGAUAUAACUAUGGAACUCCGAGGAUUAAAGGUCUCUUGGACAUUACACUGUUGGAUGCACAGUCUCUUGACCGCUCAUGAGAGACGUCUCGAUUCCGUUAUUGAUCAACUCCUUCAAGACUUCCUUCAAGUUUGUUCCGAUGAUUAUUCGACACAAUUCGUUCAGGAGUGCCUCCCUUUACUAUUUAAUAUUUUCAGACAUAGUAAGCAAAAAGAGGGAACAACAUUAUUGCUAGCCGAUAUAUUUUGUACGUGCUUCGGUUGGGAAGCGAUAAAACCUAUUAAAGACGCUACCCUUUCCAGUGGAUCUAGAAUAGAUCCGAAAUUUGUGAAUAAUCCUGAAUUAAGCGACGUGCAAUUCCGCGUUGAAGGUAGAGUUUUUUAUGGCCAUAAAAUUGUUCUUGUCACCUCAUCGCCAAGAUUCAGAAACAUGCUGAGCUCAAAAUUAUGCGAGGGCAAUCCUCCCAUCGUACAAAUCAACGACAUUCGUUAUCACAUAUUUCAGCUGGUUAUGGAGUUUUUAUACCAUGGAGGUUGCGCCACUUUACAAGUUAAUCAAAACGACGUGUUGGAAUUAAUGGCAGCAGCUAAUUUCUUUCAGCUGGAUGGGUUAUUACGAUUCUGCGAAGUGCAGUGUUCGGCGGUUGUUGAUCUUGACAAUGUCGUGUCCAUGUAUAUUCAUGCCAAGGUCUAUAAUGCAGUACAGCUCUUAGAGUACUGUCAAGGAUUUCUACUUCAAAAUAUGGUUACCCUUCUCACGUAUGACGAUUCCGUGAAGAGAUUAUUGUUUGCUAAAAAAUUACCAAAUCAUGAUGUUUUAGCAGGACUUCUUUCUACAUUACAGGCAAGAAUAAAAGCCAGAAAACCGCAAAAUACGAAGUGAACUGAUAGCGAUUGUUAAUUCUUAAAUGUGAUGAUAAUCAAGAUAUAUUGUAUAUAAUAUUUUUAUUCCUGUGCACAUAUCUUAAGCAUAUGACUGAUUUUGCUAUACUUUAAAGUUAUGUUUGCAAGCUUAAACGAUUAUAAGUGAUAAUGCUGUUAAUUUCUUCUUAAUUUUUGUAUUUAUGACCAAGUUUCACGAAUCGUUAAGCUUGUUGCAAUGAAAUAUUAAAACUGAAAAAUACAAAACUGUUGUAUAGCUGUAGAAAAUUUUUAUAAUUUUAUUGACUGUCGGAAAAAGUACUAAAAAUGCGUGCCUUAUUGUUAUACCAAGACACGUGCAACAAGUGAUGUAUUUAAUUUUAAAUGUUUGUUGAACUUUGAAAAUGCACUUAUUUACGUAUGUAUGAGAUAUCAACGUUCCAAUAAUUAGAUAUGGCAGCAACAUUCAGAAGCCACUGUUUUUUAAUCCAGUUUCUGAUAGUUACUUUUAUUGUACGAUUGUUUUAGUGUACAAAAGAAUAUUUGUUAUAUUUGAUUUCUUUGACCAUCGAGUAUUACAAACAUCUUAUCACUUAAAUGAUAAUAAUAUGUAAUUCAAGCUUUUCUUUCGAGUGAAGUUUCAAUUUUGUCGUGUAUCGUAAAUUUUCUCUUGCCAUAGCUUUGCACGGACAAAGAAAACUGUUUUUAGCUAUUCAAAUCCAAGCUUUCUUUUUGUUAUAAGAUUUUUUACGAUCUAUUUGUACAAAUAUACAUAGACAUUUAAAGUAUAUAAUAAUAAUUGUUUCAUGAUUAUAUCAUUAUUCAUUAUUUAAUGUCAUUUAUUAUUCGGAACGAUAUCAACCAGUUGUAUAUACAAUUUUUUCUCCAAUUUUUUUGUAAUAUUUAUAGUAAUAAUAAUAGUGCAUAGUAAUGGACUUCUUGGAAUCUGGAAUCCUUAAUAUUUAUAAUGUUUAAGAUCUGAUUGGGCCUUUUUUUUAAUAGAAAACUGGCUGUCUCAAUCAUGGAAUAUAAUUUUCUUGCCAUUGGCAAAAUAUUCAACGUGACAAACUAAUUAGCAUGAAAUAUAUUUUCUUAAAAUAGUGAUUGAUCACAGCACAACUUGUGAACAUUCUUUAUAGUCCUUUGUAAUAAUCGCAUUUGUUGGCGAUAUACAUGAUUAUGUAGACGUUCUAACGCUUUUUCAAACGAUAUAAAGCUUUUGUUUACAUAUUUUUUUGGAUCUUAAGUAAGAAUGUUAAAAAAUGAAACGACCUGUACUUUUAACCGUUCUCUUUGUAUAAAUGAUGUCUUCAAUUCACAAUAUAUAUAGCUAACACAGCAUAACUUACUUUAAUUUUAUUAAUAUACAAAUAAUAGAGGCAUUUUAUUAAAAUUUUAUCACAGUAUUGAUAGCCAUUAAGAAUCUCAUUGCUUCAUGGAUUAAUGACCGACGACAAAUUUCAUAGCUAUACUAUUCUCAGAACGGCUAUCAAUUUCUGUCUAUAACAAAAUUAUGACUGAACAAAUGUAGCUUCCGUAAAAUAGUAAAUAUUAGACUUAACACUCAACUAAUUUGCAUAUUUCAAUUACCAAAGUGUUCUGAUUAUUCAAUUCUCUCGGAAUAGAAGCAAUUCGUUUGUAUAAUUAUUAAUUUAAUGUAUUAAGUGAUUGGUAUAAAAAUUUAAAAAUCAUUGAAUAUUCCGAUAAAAAGGGCAAAUUAUCUUUUCUGAAGAAAGGUUGUAUGUAUAGACACUGUUUGAACUUGUUCAUAUGAAAUAUUGGUAAUGACUCGAUGUUUAAAAUGACCAAUUUCUAUAAAGUGAAAAGCAAACAGCCACCAUAAAUCAACAAAGAAAUCUGCCAUUAUUUAGUUCGUUACGACUAAUAAUGGAAUUAAAUUCAA